AUGACCAAACGAUUCAACUCCGUCUUGACGCUCGAAGACCCAUUCAACACGACGUUGUCCUCUUGCAAACGCCAGAAAUGCUUCUUCGUGGGAAAACAAUGCUUUCAAUACGUGCCACCACGCCCCACAUCCUCCUCCUCCACCAGGAACCACGCGAUCCCGAAGUUCCGCCAUCUCACGACUUUUAUGAACUUACCCUUUGAAUUGCGAGAGAUGAUCUUCUCCUACGCAUUCGAAGAACUGAUCCAACCUCUCGCCCACCCCUACGACGACCUUCCCGCCCACCAUCGAUUCCAAAUCUACGCGACGUUACGCUUAUGCAAUCGCCAAAUUGGCUAUGAAGUGAAGAAGUUAUUUGAGAAGCACUUUAUCGAUCGCAUCACCUUCUACUUUGACAAUGGGCCGGAAUUGUAUGAUUUAUGGAAAGAGGUGGAGAAGCAUCCCAGAUUGAAGAAUGCCGCUUUCUACCUCCGAGCCAAGAAUUUCGAUGAUGUGGAUGGGAAAGAGAGGCCCGGAGAGAAUAAAUUGACGGAGAGUACGGAGGAGUUGAUGGAGACGCAACCGGGAUUUAAAUUCGACUGGUCCAUCAUUGCGCCGGGGUUUUAUCGUUAUCAAUUCCACGGCUCACAGCGCUGGCUACAAAGACCUGGUUGGGAGGGAUUCAAAGUCGUGGAUGGUGGACAUCAUCCGAAUUGUGGGGAUGAUUGCGUCAACUAUAAGAUUGUGCAGUAUCCUCCUUUGGAGAAGUCUCUACGCUUGAGGUCUUUUGUGUGGAAUGCGGAUUUUGCGGAUCCGUCAUCUGCACGGGAGGAGAAGACGCAGCAGGUGGGAACUCUUGCGUUGGAGGGAAGGGUCUGUGAUUUGGAUUGGAGUUGCUAUGAUGUGGAUCGCGCAAGAGAGCAGGUCGCUGUGCAUCAUGGAGUCGAAAUGGACAGUGAUCCGUAUGAUUAUGACCAUGACCGAGAGUCGGAGGUUCAUCUCGAUGACUAUCGAUUGGAUCUUGAUGGAGAGGUCGAGAGUGAUCCUGGGAUUAUAGAGGAUAUCUCGGGGGAGAGUGAAGAUGCGAGCACUGAAGAGGACUGGUGA